AUCAAGGCGCUCAAGGAGAUGCACGAGGGGGUUCAGUACGAUGGCGUCAGCUUGGAGAGUACGGAAUCGCAGAAGCUACAACCCCUGAGAGACAAAGAGUGCGAGGACUCCCUGGAGAGUACGAUAGCCUGCGUCCUGGCGAACGCGAGCCCAAUCUACGGGCCCUCACGCCAUCUCGAUAUCAUCCGCUUCGCACCUUUUUCGGGAAGCAAAAAGGCCGCCGCAAUCGUGGAGCAUCAACCGGCUGGUAAUUCGUACACUCACUGUCGCUCCGCGAGGGAAGACUCUCGACGAGCUGCCAUUGAACAUCCUCUCGUCAGCACUGAAGAUACUAUCCAGCGGCUUCUAGUCGCAAAAGGUAUUAGUUGGAGAAAAUAG